AUGCCUGAACUCCCAUUACCCUUACCGCCUGAAUCCUUACUGCCUCCUCCCGCCCCCCCAUCUGAGGAAGGGCCAGCCCACGGAACCCGCAGCAGAAGGGGAGCUCACCCAGAAGCAGACUCCACAAUGCUCCCCUUGCGGGCUAUAGGGCCAAUAGAUGAAACAGGAAAUCAGCCCCACCACUAUUGGCCCUUUGCCUCCUCUGAUCUUUACAAUUGGAAAUCUCAAACCCCCCCCUUCUCAGAAAACCCUAAGGGGCUUAUUGGGUUACUAGACACUGUACUCUUUACUCACCAACCCACUUGGGAUGAUUGUCAGCAAUUGUUACAGGUUCUGUUUACAACUGAGGAGCGAGAACGAAUCCUGUUGGAAGCACGGAAGAAUCUGUUGGAAGCACGGAAACUCGUUCCUGGCCCGACAGGGGUCCCCACCAUGAACCCCGCUGACGUCGAUGCCGGAUUUCCUCUCGUCCGUCCCAAUUGGGAUUAUAACACAGGAGAAGGUGAGGAGCGCCUCAAAGUCUACCGCCAGGCUCUAUUGGCAGGUCUCAAGGCGGCCGCUAGAAGGCCCACUAAUUUGACUAGGGUAUAUGAUUUAAGGCAGGAAGCAGAUGAAAGCCCAGCUGCUUUUCUGGAAUGGGUGAUGGAAGCCUUUAGACAGUUCACCCUGUACGAUCCAGAGCAUGCAGACCAUAAGUCAACCGUGGCCAUGGCUUUCAUCAAUCAGGCAGCACCAGAUAUUAAGAGAAAACUACAAAAAGUUGAACGUCUCGGAGAAAAGACUCUCCAAGACUUAAUAGAAAUAGCAGAAAAAGUGUACAAUAAUAGGGACAGUGUAGAGGAAAAACAAGUAAAAGCAGAGAAAAGACAAAAUAGAGAUCUAGCUAGGGUGUUGCUGGCCAUGACAGCAGACCCAGGAGACCGCCGCCUCCAAUUAAUAGAGAUUGUAGAAAAAGAAGAACAAAGAAAGGGACCAAAUAGGGAGACGUGUCCUUUUUGCAAGGAGAAAGGACACCGACUAAGAGAUUGCCCAACUGGAAGGAACCGGUGCACCUUUUGCAAAGAAGAGGGACACUGGUUCAAAAACUGUUCUAAAAGAAAAAACAAACCUAAGGUGUUGUUCCCAGGAGAAGACAGUGAUUAAUGGGGACGGGGUUCAGAGCCCCUCCCCGAACCCAGGGUAACUCUUAAGGUGGAGGGGAAACCAACUAAUUUCUUGGUGGACACUGGAGCUCAACACUCAGUAUUACUAGAGGCCAAUGGACCCGUCUCAAGUAAGCGGUCUUGGGUCCAAGGUGCCACUGGGACCAAACAGUAUUCAUGGACUACCCGAAGAUCAGUGGAUCUAGGCGUGGGCCGGGUAACCCACUCUUUUAUGGUAAUUCCUGAUUGUCCUUACCCCUUGCUAGGGAGAGACCUUUUGUCAAAAACGGGGUCCCAAAUUCAUUUUGGCCCACAAGGAGCACAACUCUUAAAUUCAGACGGGAAGCCUAUCCAGGUUCUUUCCCUCCAAUUGACAGAUGAAUAUCGCCUAUAUGAAAAGCCCCUAACCCCUGAUGCUCACAUUGACAAAUGGCUCCAAAGAUACCCCCAAGCUUGGGCCUAG